AUGGGCAGCGAGGGUGAGGUCAUAAAUCGAGAACUGUCAAAGAUCUCAGAUGAAGAUUUGCUCGCCUGCUCCAAAGAGGAGCUGGUGAGCCGGUUGCGUAAAGAGGAGUCCGAUAAAAUCUCAGCUCUGAUUCAGCGAGGACGCCUGAUAAAGGAGGUAAAUAAACAGCUGCAGGGACACCUCCUCGAAAUCAGGGAACUGAAAGUCAUCAACCAGCGCCUGCAGGAGGAGAACGUGGAGCUGCGGGACCUUUGCUGCUUCCUGGACGAUGACCGGCUCAAAGUGAAGAAGCUGGCCCGUGAAUGGCAGCUGUUCGGGCACCACGCGGCCAAAGUGAUGCGAGAGGACCUGGGUGGAUACUUGAAGAAGCUCGCAGACCUGGAGCGCAUGCAGGACGGGCUUGUGAAGGAGAAUCUGGAUCUGAAGGAGCUGUGCCUGGUCCUGGAGGAGGAGUGUGUGAGCAGGAGUGACUCCAGUCCGGGGGGUUCCACCGAGCUCAACCUGCCAUGCAUGGUGGCCCGGGACCUUGGGGAUGGGAGCUCCAGCACGGGCAGCGUGGGAAGCCCUGAUCAGCUUCACUUAGUUUGCUCGCCUGAUGACUGA